AUGAACUCAGCGGCCAAGGAAAAGAAGCGGGCAGCCGAUCGCGAAGCUCAACGCGUCAAUCGCGCCCGCACCAAGGCCUACAUAACGCAAUUGGAGCAAACCAUCCAGGACCUGACAGGACCCAACCCGCCGGACAACCUGGGCCAAAACCUAGCCCAGCAGCAAAGGAAAAUUCACCAUCUAGAGGAUACAUUACGCAAGAUAGACAUCCUCGCUCAGAGCGCAGCCACCGGCUUUCUCCCGUCUUCCGUUUCAGAUCACCUAUCGGUUCAUCCUCCUUAUCCCAGUCAAGCGGCGAGUGAGACUGAACCGCUGGCUAGUGGACUCGUUGAAAAUCUCAGCUCAACAACUACAUGCAACUUUUUUGACUUUGAUUUGACCUGCUCCGAUCGGGAGAGAAACUAUCUAGCGGUACUAGGAAACGCUAUGAUCAUGAUCCAGGAAUAUUCCUUUACAUUAGCGGGGAGCAUGAUGUUGUUAUCCACACUUGAUGACGAUAAUUUCUGCAUCCGGGCAGUCGUAGACGGCUGGAAAAACACCACUGAUCGGUUCGGGGCCGAUGUCAUAUGGGAUCUUAUCCAAGCGAUAGACAAGGGCCUUUACUAUCGUGCAGACCCUGUGACACGAAUUGCCUUGCUCCGGAUCAUGAGAUCCCUCAUGCUGGUCCGUUUCUGGCCUUUUACGCAAUUCCUCCUCUUUACUGACUUGCCUCAAGCAAAGGUUAGGUAUCAUCUACAAUACGUCAUCUAUUCCGCAGUAUAUGUCUGCUAG